UAAAAAGACGACCGACCGACUUUUCUCCAAAAGCUUGAACCGGAGAAGAGGAAGUGGUGACUUCCAUUAUUCACAUAUUCCCCUGAAUCCUCUCCAAUUGUCAUCACACAAAUUUGCGCUGAUUUCUCAUCAUCCCUUUAAUCCACCGACACAAAAAAAUACACACACUGCAGACACACACAACAUUAAGAUUUUCCGUUCAGAGAUCAAUAGAAGAAAAAAGGGUUCUUUUUAGGGUGUGAUCAUAUUCCGUUUUUGGGAAGAUCAAGUUUCUGGAGGAUACCCGACAAGGUUAAGUUGAAAAAAAAAUGGAUGAAUUUGGAGUUUUGGUGGAGAGUACUGGGUUCAAAUCGCAGAAGCUAACUCCGAUGGCCCGUUUAAAACCUAAACCGGCGAGCAACUUCAGUUUCAGUAAUGGGUUCAAUCAAUCCUCACCGCCUCCAUCAAAUUCAAAUGUGUGGAAUGAAUCCUUUGUGGAGGACCUCGAUGGGAUUUUUAAGCCCAACAACAAUAUUAGCAAUUCUCAGAAAUCCCAGCAAUAUUACGAUGAUGGGGUUGAUAUUUUUGGAGGCAGCUCGAAGACGCAACCAUCAGGAUCACAAGGGAAUAUAGAUUUGGACUCGGUGUUUGGCUUCAAUAAUGAUUCUAGGACCAAUUCGGGUUCAAAAUUCUAUAAUGAAACGUCGCCCCCGACAGGAAGUGUUGGUGGUGAUGAUUUGUUGGGCGGUUUUGAUUUUGGUAACAGGGCUACGAAAAAGGAUGAACAGAACAAUGUGUCCAAUUCGGAUGAUUUGAUCCCUGGAUUUGGUGGAAGUAACACCUCACCUAAUGUUUCUAAGAACAACGGAAUUCAACCGGGGACAGGUGCAUUUAAUUCAACCUUUUCCAUGGCGGAUGAUCCCUUUUCACUCUUUGGAAAUUCUAAUACUUCAGGAAAUGAUCUGUCAAAGACAUUUCCAGGUCCAUCAGAAAAAGAUACUGGAAGAGCACCGGUUGAUUUUUCCAUGGAUGAACUGGAAAACCUUGCAAUGCGUAAGGGUUCUGGUGGCACAACUGAUAAGCCAAGGGUAAUAACGGAAGUUAAGAAGAAUUCAGGGCCAAAGAAGCAGAUGUCUGAUAUUGACCUUCUUAGUUUUGUAGAUUAUCCUCCGUACUUUCCAGAUACCGAAGAAAGUGAUGAAAGAAGAACAGCUCGAGUGAAAAAUCAAAUCAAUAUAAAGCAGAAAAUGGAAGAUGCAUUGAUUGAAAAGAAAAAACGUGAUGCUCAGGUUCAGAAAGAGCAGGAGGAGAGGCGCAUGUUUGCUGAAACUGUGGAUUAUCGUAUCAAGCGCUGGUCAGCAGGAAAAGAAGGCAAUUUACUUGCUCUUCUGUCAUCAUUACAAGAUGUGUUAUGGCCCGAAUGCGGAUGGAAGCCUGUUUCCUUAACAGAUUUAAUUGCUCCUGCAGCUGUGAGAAAGGUUUAUAAGUUAGCCAAUUUGUAUGUUCAUCCGGACAAGGUUCAACAGAAGGGAUUUAAUUUGGAGCAGAAAUAUAUUGCAGAGAAGGUUUUUGAUCUUCUUAAGGAGGCAUAUAACAAGCACAAUACUCAGGGACCUCAAUCAAGCUUCAACAUGCCCUUCUAAAUCUCUUCAAUUUGAAAAAAAGCUCAUAUUGCUUGGCGGAUGAGGUGGCGACAAAUGCAAAAACCACAGUUGCAUCGAUCGGAAUGUACGAUGUAAGCUGGAUUUGGAUGCAGGAGAUGGUGGGUCGUAGAUGUGCAUGCAUACUCAGCUGAAUCCAAGUCCAGAAGGCCUUCUUGUGGUAUGGAUAAUUUGCUUGUUCUGUGCUGUGGACGAAAUAGACUCCCUCCAUUUAGACUUAGCCUCCUAAAUUCGGUUGUUUCCUGUUCGUAUUACGCCCUUAUUCUUUUGUUGAUAAGGUUAUUGAUGGUGUUUGCUUCCAUAAAUUUAAUGGAGACUUUUAUUAAUUUUUUUUAAAAAAUAUAUAAAAAGUUGUAUUAAAAUUGUAAAGAGAUAAUAGAGGUCUGAUCAUUUUCUCAUUUGCAUCAUUGUGUUUGAUUAUCAUUAAAAAAUUAAAAAUGAACAUUUUCUCUCUUCC